UCUCGUCCUCUCGGCUCUCGACUCUCGACUCUCGGCGAUCUCGUCGUUCUGCGAAGGUCGGAACUGCUCUCCGACGAACACGAACGGGCACAGCUGCGAGGGUCCUUCCCUUCGAUUUUUAUUGCGGUGAUCUCAUUCCUUUCUUUUUUCUCUUGUUUCGUUUCGCUUGGUUCUUCAUCCGUCGAAAUUUUGAUUAGGGUUCAGAAUUUUUGUUGGUCUUGGGGUUCUUUUAAUCGAUUCUUGGUUGUCGACUUUCUUGUGGGAAGAUCGAUCUUUCUGGUUUUCUCGAUCGUUUUUCGUCACCUAGCCAGUCUCGUUCUGGUUUCGAUUGGAAAAUAUGUCUUCUUCGCGUUCUAGGCGUGUGGAGUACGACCGCUUCAUCCCGUUCCGGUCGGCGAUGGACAUGGACUACGCACGCUUUGCCCUAACCGGGCCUUCGAGACCGCAGCGUGAUGGUUCGAGGGAAUCCCCAUCGAGCGUGGCGUACCAAAAGCUUCUUGACGAGUGCAUUUUGAAGAACAGGUCUCGUAUCCUCGCUUUCAAGACUGCACCUGAAGCGUCGGCCAGCAAGCUGCCCGAGUUUGACGAGCCCAUUCGGCCGCAGAAGAAGCAGCAGAGGCGAAUCCCUAAAGAACCAGAGAGGGUUUUGGUAAUCCACGGCUUGUUGGAUGAUAAUGUUUUGAAUCUCCUCGACUGGGGAAGCAAUAAUGUGUUGGCGAUUGGCCUUGAGGACGCAGUGUAUCUCUGGGACGCUGCAAACGAGUCGACUAAGCUUCUACAACCCGAAGAAGACAGAGGACCUAUCACUUGCAUCCGCUGGUCGCCAGACUGUGCAGUUCUUGCUGUCGCAUUUGGCAAUUCAGAUUUAUCCCUGAUCGAUACAGCAACAGGACAUGUCGUGGAUGGGAUGGAAGAUGAGAACCAGGCCCCUGUGUUGUCAUUUGCGUGGAGAAGUAAUUCAAUCUUGACAGUCGGAAGAUUUGAUGGCACUGUUGUUGAUUAUGACUUUAGAAAGGAUGACAUGUUCAUCUGUUUCUAUAAUGGGCAUCGGCGUGGAGUUUGUAGUCUUAAAUGGUCCGUGUUGUCAGGGCGGUAUUUGGCGAGUGGAGGGCAGGACAAACUAGUGCACAUAUGGGAUGCCUGCAUGCCUGUCUCACGUGACCAUCCACGUCAACGUCAAUGGCUUCACAGGAUCAGCAGCCACACUUCCAUUGUGAAGGCCGUUGACUGGUGCCCAACUCGGAGCAACCUGCUGGCUUCUGGUGGAGGUUGCAAUGAUCAUUGCGUUAAGUUUUGGAACACCGUUAAUGGUGCUUGCUUGAACUCGAUUGAUGCUGGCUCUGAAGUUUGUGCUUUGCUAUGGGACAAAAACAAAUCUGAAUUACUGACCUCUCAUGGUUCGCCGAACAAUCAACUCACCUUGUGGAAUUACCCAUCCAUGACGAGAGUGGCUGAGGUUUCCGGUCAUUCAUCCCGGGUUCUUUCCUUGGCUGGGAGUCCACUGGGAGGUGUAGUAGCUUCUGCAGCAGUAGAUGAGACAGUCAGGUUUUGGAAUAUCUUUGAGACUCCCAAAAUAACAAAACCUGAACUGCCCUUUGCCCAAUUUAAUGUUCUCAUAAGAUGAAAAGGCGGAUAGGUGGAAAUGAUUAAGAUUCCAAAUGAAAGACUUCUCUAGUGCUUGACAUGAAGAUCUGUUGUUGGUAACAUUGCAAUGGGAAGUUUCGUGGUGUCAAAGAGGCAGCACAUUUUCAUACAAGCGUAUGGAUUCGAGAUCUUCAAAUAUGAGCG